AUGAGGAGCGUGCGUGUGUGUCUGUGCCUGGCUCUGCUGCUGCCCUGGUGCGUCCAGAGCCAGAGGAGCGCUCUCUCCAAGCUGGAUGAAGACACGCAGAGGGACGUGCUGGCCGUGGACAUCCUCAACCGCAGCGGCGUGCUGAACUCGCUGCUGCGGUCCGAGCAUCACAUGGUGCUGAGGCGAGCACGAGCCCCGCGCCCGGCCUCCCAGGUGCCCAAGAGAGCCCAGCAGGGGUCCCGCUUCGCCCUGUCCCUCGACGUCCCCACCAGCAUCCUCAGCGUCCUCAUAGACCUGGCCAAGAACCAGGACAUGAGGACCAAGGCUGCGGCCAAUGCAGAACUCAUGGCACGAAUAGGCAGGAGGAAAUGA